CCAAGUGAGUAGUUGAGUUUGAGUAGAUAGAUAACUCUCUAUAAAUACGUACUUGCAUGCCCAGUAAACUUCACAAACAAACCAAAUAACUUCUAGCUUAGCUUCACGUACUAUAUAUUCAAAAAUGGCUCCAACAUUGGCAAUCACAAGCACCACCGAGCCCUCAAAGGUGACUGAAUUCGUCAUCCACAAGGGUUUCGGAGUAAAGGGUCUUUCAGAAUCUGGCCUCAGGACCCUCCCCAAGCAAUACAUUCAGCCACUCGAGGAGAGGGUUUUCACUACUGUGAGUAACAAUGGUCACGACCAAGCCACCAUGGCCGGAAAAUCGAUCCCAAUAAUCGACAUGUCCAACUGGGAGGACCCCAAGACAGCGAAUUCCAUAUGCGAGGCCGCAGAGAAGUGGGGGUUUUUUCAGAUAGUGAAUCAUGGGAUUCCGUUGGAGGUUAUCGAGGGAGUUGAGAAGGCGACUCACCGGUUCUUUGAGCUUCCGGCUGAGGAGAAGAACAGGUUUUCGAAAGAGAAUUCGAGUUCGAAUAGUGUGAGGUACGGCACCAGCUUCACUCCCAUGGCUGAGAAAGCUCUUGAGUGGAAGGAUUAUCUCAGUCUCUUUUAUGUUUCUGAUGAUGAAGCCUCCCAACUUUGGCCCUCUCCGUGCAAGGAUGACCUACUUGAGUACAUGAAGAAGACCGAAACAGUGAUAAAAAGACUGUUAGAAGUGUUGAUGAAAAGGCUAAACGUGACAAAACUAGACAAGGCGAAAGAAAGUAUGUUAAUGGGAUCAAAGAGAAUCAAUCUCAACUUCUACCCAAUUUGUCCAAAUCCUGAUCUAACGGUGGGGGUUGGUCGACACUCUGACGUGUCAACUCUCACAAUCCUUCUCCAAGAUGAGAUUGGAGGGCUUUACGUAAGAGUUGAAGAAGAAGAAGAAGAAGAAGAAGAAAAUAAUAAUAAUAAGUGGGUUCAUGUGCCACCAAUGAAGGGGUCUCUGGUGAUUAAUAUUGGUGAUGCUUUACAAAUUAUGAGCAAUGGAAGGUACAAGAGUGUGGAGCACAGAGUUGUGGCUAAUGGGAAUAAUGAUAGGAUUUCAGUGCCUAUAUUUGUGAACCCAAAGCCAUCUGAUCUCAUCUCACCAUUUCCUCAAGUCUUGGCCAAUGGAGAAAAGGCUUUGUAUAAGCAAGUUCUUUACUCUGAUUAUGUCAAGCACUUCUUCAGGAAAGCCCAUGAUGGAAAACAGACCGUUGAUUUUGCCAAAAUAUGAUCUUUUCUUUGAUUUAUAUAUACAUGUUAUGUUAUGAACAUGUAUCUCUAUAACUUGAGUAGUUUCUUAUAUGUUUUGAGUAAAUAAACCCCUUUCAUAAUAAUAUAAGUAAAAUGGGGGUCCAACAGUGUGUUGUGUAAGA